AUGGGAGAGAUAUCUGAUAGUAUACUAGAGGCAGCUUAUCCAGCUGAGAAUAUUACCAUUAUCAGAAAUAUAAAGCACGCAGAUGAAUUUUUCAUAACUAAGAUUUCCUUCGUCAUACCUACUAUUAACGUGACAGUUCCUGUCAAAUUGUUUGGGAAAAUAAGUAUGACGCGAUCACCUGGAAAAGUAACCGUUACGGCUGGUAUUAUACCGAAGCUUGAUGUGCCCUCGCCUAUAGUGCCACCACCGUUCAAUAUCCUCAAUAACAGAGUCAUAAAUGUUGACACUACACGCUGUGGUGACGAAAUUCCACCGGGUGGUACAACUAUGAUGACAAAAACUUCGAACGUAGGAGGGGCAACGAAUCAACCUAUCGGGCAAAGCAGCCCAUUAUCAGGUGGUGAUAUUGCAGCUAUCAUCAUGUCGAUUGUGGCUUUCGUAGCUAUAGUUGUAGCUGUUACGCUGUAUUGGAAAAGGCAUAUCAUCUUUAAAAGAUAUGCAUUAGAAAAUGAUAAAGGAAAUUCAAAUGUAGCAAUAUAG